UGUAGCAUGAACUGGUUUGUCAUUAAUGAAAGGAUCUUGCACGUACUCGCGCGCUGUCUUUUCGUGGUUGCUACGUAUCCUGUUGGAUUAAAUUCUUUAGUUGAUCAUGUUUAUUACAGUUAAGUUUGGAGAAGGAGAGGAAGCACUCUUCAACCCUAAUUGUCAAAUAUUUCAUCUUCUUCAAGACAUCAAAAGACGAUGCAACUGUUCCAGAGAAGUGCAAGUUGAUUUGUCAGACGUCAACGGCUCAGUACGAUGUCUAAUCGACAACCAGAAGUCAAACGCCAGUGAUUUCCUGAAAGAAAGAGAGAUGUUUAUACUCGUUAGAGUCGAAAAAAUAGAAGGCAACGAGAGACCAAUCUAUACACCUUUACUUAAAGAUGCAGACUUUGUCACAAGUGAAUUCUUGGAGAGCUUAUCAAGACUCCCGAGUGGAGGAAGCCUGGAAACGAUUGGGCGUCAGUCCAAACACGGUAGACAAGGAACAAAAUCUAAGAUGUCAAAACCUCAUUUAAGCUUGAAUUCUUCACUUAAUGGUUCGUUAGCAAGCAAUCUGAAGACAUCUACAGGAAAACAACGACGCGUUAGUCAAUAUAAGAGAUAAAAAUAACUCCAAAACAAUCAAAAAAUUUUCACAUUGCCACGAAACAAGACGAAAUGUGUUCCGAAACGAAACGAAAUAAAUAACUUUGUAUUCCGAAAUGUUGAAAGAAAUAACUGAAAUAAUACGUUAAUGUUUAAAACGAAACUGGAAAAGGGCUAAACCAUAUUUAAUUAGGUACAAAUGUUUUCUUGUUUGAUCAUUACAAAUGGCUAUGUUGCCUAAAAAGCACUCUCUAUAUAAUUUUCAUCUACAUUUUAUAAUUCAUCAAAAGUACAAAUAUUUACAACGAGUGACAAAUUUUGUAUAUUCUAAAAUACAUGGCGGGAUUCGCCAGCAAGAUGACAUCGAAGUCCUACACUAUCUUGAUUGCAUUAUAUGGAUUCUGUCUAGCGAAUCUUCGCGACCAUAAAAGAUUUUCUAAGCAUGUAAAACAAAUUUAUCAUGCCCUUAACUAAUUUGUGUUCCUCGUUAUUCCUAAAGUUCUUCCUUGACACCAGGAAGCCUUGGAAGAACUAAUGUUUUGAAAUUUGCACUACUGUGUGUAGAGCUCAAACUACUCGAAGAGUCCAAGUUUCGUGAAAACUGCUGAAUAUCACGUGCUCUUGUUUGUAGCACAUCAAGGGAUUUGAGUUCAGAACUCAUUGCUGGAACACUUUUCGAUCUUAUUCGACGAUUCGCGCCGUUAACUGUAUCAAUUUUGGUAAGUUGUGAAGCGGCAGGACUGCACACUGCAACCGAUUUUCUUCGUUCUUGAGGCCUUGGAGUUGACUGAAUUCUGACGUCAUCUUCGUAUGAAAACCUUUCUUCAAAAGUUGAAGUCAAUCGUGAGUUUCUUGCCAGGGUAUGCAAAGUAAAUUUUCUCUGUUUUACAUUCCAGUGCUUGCUCACUUGCUUGUGUUGCUUUUGUAACUUUUUCAUUUCUUGUUCAAGMAGGCGAUUCUGUUGGUCAAACAAACCUUUUAAACGAUGUUCCCCUGGUUUUUUUCCACAAGGCUCGCGUCUUGACAUUUUUUCUCUCUCAUCACAAUCGAUCGAAAAGACUUUGGAAGAAAGUUUGAAGUUGCAUCAAASUGUUUUCACAUGAUUCAAUCAAACAUUGACAAGUUUUAGAACUUUUUCUAUUGUGUUCUUAUAUCUCUGUCAUGGUUCUUGCCCAAUAAAGCAAUUAACUCAGUUAGAGAAAGGAUUAACRAACAAUAAACAGACAGAAGUCUUGUUUUAUGAACAAAGAAAAAUGCCAUCAAUAAGAUAAAUGAUGUCGCAACUAAACAUARCGAAAUUGUUUGGCAUGUGUAUGCCAACAAGUUGGUUAGUAUCAAAAUAUAUAUGGAAUAUAGCAUGCAAAAAUUAUAGGGAUWUUGAACAUGCUGAGAAGUGUUGUGUUGGAGCUGUWCSAUAGGGCGCGCACCAAGCGAUUUCAUGCUACCUUAACUCGUUUAGCAAAUUUAUUCAAAUACUGUUAAAACUAGAGUUCUAAAAUAAGCUACCACCAUUGUCUAUACGAUGUAGGAAGGCAGUAUGUGACACCUGCCUCUCAAAUUAGUAGAGCCCUUGUUGUCUGUGCAGACAACGAGGCGUUAAUAAAAUAAUCUACCUGCUUAUAUAAAGCUUAAAUAUGAAUUGCCAAUUAAUGCUUUAAUUGUUUAAUGACCUGAUCUGUUGCUAUUGGAAACCUCUUACUUACGUAACUAAAUAAUCUUUUCAUAUAAUGAAUAUAUAUUGAAUAAUAGCAAGAAACAGAAAGAAAGCAAUGUAAAAAACAAAUUUGUGAGAAAUGAUCGAAAUACUACACUUAACCUUGUGUGCAGCCGCUUUUUAAAUCUUCGACAGGGAGCCUGCCACUAAGAACGGCUCCAAAAGAGACUACUCCAAGUACAAAUCCAGCUAAAAUUUGAAGGGGCAGCUACAUGUUUUUAGUGAGAGAGGGGUGCCMCUUUGAUAAAAAGUCGACUUGCAGGCGGAAUAGUUGCUUUGAAAUAAAAGUUAUUUACUCGAUUCUUGCGUGCAUAUCAGCUACAAGGAACUCGAAUGCAGAUGCAUAAGCGGACAUUUAGCUUUUACUGAUUGGGCUGCAUAGCUUUUACUGCUUACAGCCCUGCGCAACUGCAGUACCCCCAUCGUUUUGAGAAAGACCUUUGAAUUACGUCUUGCUUUCUAGGAAAAAAAACAUAUCGAAGAAGGCAUAUUUAACU